AUGUUUCCAUUGAUGGUGAGAUUUUACAGCCCAACUACAAAUUUAAAAACGUGUGUUUUUGACUUUUAUGAAGAUGCUGAUGAAACUGCAUCAGCCAUCCAUACGAAUUUAGUAACACGACUGAAAGAGUGCAAUAUUGACACUAAACACCUUACUAGUUACUGUGCAGAUAAUGCAGAUGUAAACUUCGGCUGCCGCAAUUCAGUUUUUCAAUUAUUGCAACAUGAUAAGAAAAACAUUUUAUCAGUGGGAUGUCCUGCACACAUCUUACACAAUAGUGUGAAGCAUGGGUUGAGUAAAAUUAAUUUUGAUUUAGAGAAUUUUAUUCUAAAGCUUCAUAACCAUUUUUCAUAUUAUGCAAAACGAGUUGAUUCUUUGAAAGAUUUUUACGUAAUUUACGAAGCUGAAUUUGCACACGUCCUGCGACAUGUGAAGACAAGAUGGUUGUCACUUUUACCUGCCGUUGAACGUGCUACUAAAUCUUUCGAUAUCCUGAAAGAUUAUUUUAUAUCAUUGGGAAAAGAGGAAUGUCCGAGUGUACUGUGGCAAUUUUUUAAUUCUGACGAAACAGAACCUUGUUUGACAUUUUAUCAAAAUGCACUGAAAGUUUUACAGGAUGCAGUGAUAUGCCUUGAAAACGAAACAUAA